GCAGUUCUGAGAACGGGACUUAAGGAAUCACCGCCCGGCACAUUCAAACAAAGCAAAAUGCGCGGCAGCUGCUGUGACGUCAUACCGGACUAAACUAUCCGGCACGUUACCAAAACAACAGCCAUUUCAAGCAUUAUUCGCAUUAUUCCUCUUGAUUUUUCGCCGAAUUUGCAUCGUUAGCCUCAGUUUUAAGUGUGUAUUGUUCAUUUUUUUAUUUAUUAUGAAAAAUACUCGAAAUACUGGGUAUAAAUACUGUAUCGUUCCUUUCUGUACGAGUUCAACUGUGAAAAAUCCAGAUAAAAUUUUCAUUCGCGUACCUGAAGAUAAAAAGCGACGAAUAAAAUGGCUAAAAGCAUGUAGAAGACAUGUAGGGGAUUAUUCUACGAAGAGCACGAACAUUCACGUUUGUGAAGAUCAUUUCAAUGUUAUGUUUUUGUUUCAGAUUGCCAAAGAUAUGGAUAAUUUUGUAAGGUUUAAACUGAUGGGUGGUAAAAAAAUAAUGAAAUCUCAUGUAGUUCCUCACAUUUUUGAUUGCCAGCCAGACAGAAAAAGAACAUUUUCAGUUCCUCCAAGAUCAGCAGCUGUUAAGAGGGUACAGAGAAGACUUGUUGACCAAGCAGUAGCUUCCUGUUCUACCACAACUAUACCAGGAAUAUUACAAACAAGUGUCAGUCCUCAAAGCGACGAAAAAAUUGUACCUAUGUGGUUUAUGGGCUCUGUUAUGGGUAUUAAAACAGAAAAAGGACAUGUUGGUGCAGCAAAAAGAAUGAAAUUAGAACCUAAGGACACAAAUGAAGAAAAUUCUGAACAUUUUAACAUCAUUGUAUUAGAUGCGAUUAACGAUACUGAUAAAUGUGAUGAUACUCUUUCUAUAAAAAAUGAGGCAAAAGAAGAACAAAAUUCAUCAAACGAUGAACCAUCAGUAGUUGUCAAUGAAUAUACCAAUUCUAAACAAAUUAGAAUAAAGGCAGAUAUUACAAAUGAAGUAAACACCACUAUCAACACAGAGUUUAUACACAUUAAAACAGAAAAUGAGCAACCUGUUGCAACAAAAAGAAUAAAAUUAGAAACUAAAGACAAAUCUGAAGAUGAUUGUAUCAUCAUAUUAGAUGAGAAUAGUGAUACAGAUAUAUGUGAUAAUACUCUUUCUAUAAACAGUGAGAUAAAGGAAGAUCAAAAUUCAUCAAAUGAUGAAGUAAUUGUCAUUGAAGAUACUGAUUCUGAACAAAUUAGAGAAAAGAAAGCCUUUAAAAAUAAAGCAAAAUACAACAUCAGCACAGUAGAUGAUUUUAAUUCUCUUGAUAUAAAAAUCGACUUUAAAGUUAUUCCGCCUUUGCAUCAAGUUGUAAAAGCUAAGUAUGAAAAUUUAAACACUACUCAAAAACCAACAUUGUUAGGGCAAAAUCAAAUUGAUGAACAAAAAUUAUCGAUUAAAACAGGAAGGUUUACUAAAGAUGAAGAUUGUAGGAUUUGGAAGAAUUGGGACAGGUUUAUUAUGGUUCACAAAUUAAAAAACAAUCCAGAGAUGUUUUGUUCUUUACAUGAUCCUAAAAUUAGUGAUAAAAACAGGCAACUCUUUUUGAUAAGUUUGGCAGAAGGUCUACCAAAUAGAACCUUAAAUAAUGUUUAUAAUAGAUUUAAAAGACUUGUUUCACCAGAAAAGAUAAAAGAGAAGGAGAUUUUCACUGUUGAAGAAGAUGAAUAUAUUGCAAAGAAAAUGUACAAACCCAAAACAGAACUUUAUAAGUUAGCUAGUAAUCUAAAUAAACCCUAUAGCCUGAUACUUCAUAGGAUCAGCAUUUUGAAAGGAAACAAUAGGAACAAAAUUAUAUGGACAGAACCUAGGACACAUUUGUUAGUAGAAAACUUAAUAAGGAUAACAAAUGUGAAUCACUAUACUGAUUUAAGGAAUAGAAGCAUUACAAUAGAUCAAUUUAAAGCAUUAUCUAACUUAAUGAAUAUACCACAUAAGGAUAUAAAGUUUGCCUGGUUAAUGGAUAUUCAUAUUCGAUUAUUUAUUCCUAAUGUUUUUUGUGAUUUGCGAUCAGUUACAAUACUCCUUAUAAAAAGGCUUAGAGAAAGUAAUGCACGUGAUUGGAAAAGUGUUAAAUGGCAAAUGUACGUUAAAUAUUUUCAAGGUUUCACUAAAGAAAAGCUCAAAAGUUUGAUAAGUAGUUUGAUAUUAACUUUUGUUCCUUCACAUGGAAGAACAGAUUAUAAAUACUGUCUAAAGGAACUGAGUAGAAUAACAUCGAGCAAUUUAAAAAGCGAAAUGAUUUUUAAGUCAUAUUACAAAGACGGUAAUAGUACAAAUCCAAAGUGCAAACCAAAGAAAAAACGUAAGGCAUCUUCAAAUGUAAAUAAUAGUACUAUCCAAAGAGCUGAGGAAAAAAUAAAACACAAUAGUACAAAUCCAAAGUGUAAACCAGAGAAAAAACGUAAGGCAUCUUCCAGUGUAAAUAAUAGUGCUAUCCAAAUAGCUGAGGAAGAAAUAAAACACGAUAAUAAUCUAAGUACAGAAAAUACAGUAGCAGAAUUCUCAAUGGAUAGCAUUAAAUGCGAACAAAAUAAUUAUACAAGCUUUAGUUCACAAACUAUAAAGACUGAGAAAGCGGUAGUUGAAGAUAAUAGCACUUUAAGUUACUAUAACAAGGAUAAAAUUACAAAUUUUGAUGAGAUGUUUCUCAUUGGAGAUAUAAAACAGGAACAGAUUCAUAUUAAAGAUGAAAAAGAGGUAGUUGAAGAUAAUAGUCUAAGUUACUAUAACACGGAUAAAAUUAAAAAUCUUAAUGAUGAGAUGUUUAUCAUUGAAGAUAUAAAACAGGAAAAGAUUCAUAUUAAAGAUGAAAGAGAGGUAGUUGAAGAUAAUAGUCUAAGUUACUAUAACGGGGAUGAGAUGUUUCUCAUUGAAGAUAUAAAACAGGAAGAGGUUCAUAUUAAAGAUGAACCUCAUUUACAAUACAAAGAAGCAAGAUGUUAAACAUAUGAUUCCUUAAUUCGCCGCCAAACCAAUAUUGCCGAAUUUUACUGGCGGUCGCCAUAUUGGAGGAAAGGCAUAGUUGCGUAAUUAGUCCUCAGUCGAACGGCGGAAAGUAAAGCGGCCCAUACAUUAUCAAACAAGUUGCGCAACGUUCCGUUGCACAACUGCAUCACCCAUUCACUUAGUAGAAUUUUGAUCAAACUUUUUAUUAAAACUUGUGCAUUGUUUGAGAAACAAUCAUGUCCUCAAUUGCCAUUGCGUCAAUUAUUAUCGUAUAUACCCUAGAUGAUGUCAAUGAUACCAAAAAACGAAAAAGAAAACAAAGAAUUUGGAUGAAAGAGCUAAAAUAUUGCACAACGAAGCGCAACACACACAUACACUACGCAAACGCCUGUUGCACAAAAGAAUUCAAACAUUCUUGAAACUUAUCAAACAAUUACGCAACGCAUUAAGUGUUACCAUACAUCGGCAACUCGUUGCACAACAGUCUGUGUUGCGCAAUUUGUUUGAUAAUGUAUGGGCCGCUUUACGCCUAGCUAUAGCCAAGUUUGCAGGAGCAGCUGUGGCUCCAUUGGUAAGGCAGUUGCUUCAGGAGGGAGGGGUCCCGGAAUUGAGCCCAACAAAUAUAAAACUUUUUUAUUUUUUUACAGCUGUUUAUAUUUUUUUAUUUAUGUAUAGUUGUCGGUAAUAGCAAUCAAAACGUACCGUAGGCGUAUUUUGAUUGCGUUGGUUAGUCUCUGGGGUAAGUUUUUUUUUGUUUAGAUUGCAGGCGAAAUACCCGACCGAUUAUCGUUUAUACGCGUGCAAAACUGCGGGUUGUAAAGUUGCACGGUACAGCCAGAUGCACAAAGGUGCACGAAAGAGGUUUGAUUGCUUUGGUUUCAGCUUCUUUGGGGGUUAAUCUGUUUUUAACAAAUUUAUUUUUAUAAGUGAUAAAUUUGGCAACGUUGGUUUGGCAACGAAUUAACUGAACAUUUAAAUAUAACAUUAUUAUGCGAGGGUAGUUUGAAAACUUUCUGACCUUCAGAAAGUGAAAACUCAAAAUCAUUACCUAAAUGAGAAUACUAUACUACAUUAUUUGACAAAAUGAAGGCAGAAAUCGCAGCAAAAAGCCACACCUGUACAAGAAGAAACUUUUGUUUUACCAAGACGAUGCUCAUCCAUCUCAAGCAUCUGCUGUUGGUAUGCCAAUUAUUUACAAGUUACAGUGUGAACUGUAGACUACCUUCCGUAUUGGCCAGAUUUAGCUCUGAGCGACCUAUUUUUGUUUCCCAAGCUGAAAACUGCCCAAAAUGAAGUUAUUGCUAUCAGAAAACAAAGAUUUUCGUCGAAAAUUUUCUUCAACAUUUCCAUAAACAAUUUUUCAAAUUUACAAAAAAUCAUACUAAUGUCAGCAACUUUUCAAAUAACCCUCAUAAACUAUCAUGUUUUACAAAUUUUUGUGAAUAAGUUGUUAAUCCAGAGUUUAAGUAAGAGUUUUAUACACAUGCUAUAGUCAGAAAGAAGUCAAAUGUUUCUGAACAAUACUAAACAUGAAAUAAUGGAGGAAAACGAAUUUAUUAAAUAUUGAUCAGUGGUAAAAAUGUAUUUUUAUAAAAAUAUUUUUUUGUGAUGUUAUUAUAGU